AUGGCAACCGCACACGAACACAACAACGUCGCUCGCGGCCCCAGCGUCGACAAGGAGACCAGCGGUGUCGAUUACGCCCACAACGGGAACGGUGCCCUUCCCAUGCAGAGGGCCCCUUACGACUAUGGCGGCAACCCUCUCGCCCACGUCGCUACCAAUGAUCCAGAGAUGCGUCUCGCUGCCUUUGGUGGUGAAUUCCAGCCUGGUCUCUACCGCCCGCCGAACCGCAAGUUCGCCAACCCUGCUCCCCUCGGUCUCUCGGCUUUUGCUCUCACCACCUUUGUCUUGUCGUUGAUCAAUGUCAACACAAAGAGCAUCGGCUCGCCUAGUCUUGUUGUUGCUCUUGCCUACGGGUAUGGUGGUCUCGUCCAGCUGCUUGCUGGUAUGUGGGAAAUGGCUGUCGGCAACACCUUUGGUGCUACCGCUCUCUCGUCGUACGGAGGUUUCUGGUUGUCGUUUGCCAUCAUCCUCACCCCUGGCGGUUUCGCCAUCGAGACCGGUCUGGCAAAGAUCAGUGAAGCUACCUUUCUCAACUCCUUCGGCCUGUACCUUAUGGGAUGGUUUAUUUUCACCUUUUUGUUGUUGAUUUGCACCCUUCGCUCGACAGUAGCGUUCUUCAGCCUCUUUUUCACUCUUGAUUUGGCAUUUUUGAUGCUCGGCAUCGGCUACCUCAACAACGAUGGUGCCCACCCCCAGGAGCAGUGCAUUAUCGCCGGUGGCGCCUUUGGCCUUAUGGCUGCGUUCCUUGCUUGGUACAACGCACUUGCCGGUAUUGCCGACAGUUCCAACAGCUUCUUCGUCAUUCCCGUCGCCCACUUCCCCUGGUCCGACAAGGGCCGUGAGCGCCGCGACAAGGUCGACAACUCGGCCCACCGCUCCGCAUAA